AUGCUCCCCGAGUCUUGAGCGUGCACUGAUGCGGGCCGCGGGUCUUUACUGUUCUCAGAGUGCGAGGAUGACACGCAAGCAGCAAGCCGCCCCUCAUAGCACUGUUCCCGAAGGAGGAUGGGGCUGGAUGGUCACCGUCGGAAUGGCCAUUAUGUUUAUAUCAACAACAGGUCAUUACACUGCAUUCGGGCUUCUCUUUCAAGAUUUUCUGGACAAACUAGAUUCCAGAACUACAGGAGCAACAGUUAUAAUGAAUGCACUUACUGCGGCUGUGAAUUUUACAGGUUUGGUGACAAACUACUUGCUGAGGACCAUGUCAUAUAGAGUGGUUUCUGUGAUAGGAGGACUUUUGUUUUCAGUUGGCAUUAUACUUACUGUAGUAGCAGACAGCAUUAUACAAGUCGUCAUUACCUACAGCAUUAUUGCAGGUGUUGGUCUUGGACUCCUAGCUCCAUCAUCAUACCUAGCUUUCAAUUCAUAUUUUAAUGAGAAGCGUGGGAUUGCAAUGGGUAUUUGCCAGGCAGCCAUUGGUUUAGGAUUCAUGGUUGCUCCGCCUGUCUGUCAAUAUUUAUUAGAGCAAUAUUCAUUUCGUGGUGCAAUCUUGAUUUUGGGAGGAAUUGCUCUCAAUUCAAUAGUUGGUGCUAUGCUAUUUCGACCAUUAAAAGUACCUUCGAGUACUUCAUCAGAGCCAGAAAUAGAAACAACUGAAGAGUUGGAGCCAGCUGUAGUAUCUCCUAAUGCAUAUGAUGAAAUGCUUUGUAUGGCUGUCAUUCCAGAAGAGGAUGAUGAACUAACAAAUGAUACUUUCACUAAUACAUGUACAGACAAAAUGAAUGCCUUGCCUCAGAUAGCUGCUGUGGAUACAGAAUGUGAUGAACAUAUUGUAAUAUCUAGAAGGGGAAGUCUAGUAAUGUCAGCAAUGUUAGAUCGUCGUAAUGUAAUGCUUUUUGAUGAAGAAAGUCAAAAUGGAGGUGUUUACAAUUCAACAACAGAAAUGAUAAGUGGGCCAGAUGAAAGCAGAUUGAACCAACGCCCAAUGUCUGCUUCUCUCACAAAUUUCAGUAGUACUCUACUGAUGUUUGACAAUUCCAUGACAAAUUCUGCACCACGAAACCCAUUGGGGUAUCAAAGAGUACCUAGGAGGCGUCCUAUAAUCAGACAUAUGAGUUUAGAAAUAACUACACGUUCACUUCUUGGAUUCUUAGAAGAUGACAUAGAUGAAUCAAAUCAAGAACAAUCUGAACCAAAAAGAACUGGCACAUUUCACUAUAUUCUUCAAGCUUUGUCUCAUUUCCUUGACCUGAGUCUAUUCAAGGAUAUUAUAUACAUGAAUAUUGUACUUGGUUUGUCUCUGUCAUUUGUAAGUGACAGUAAUUUCUUCACUAUAUUCCCUCUCCACUUAAUUAAUGAAAAAUUGCCACGCUCAGAUAUUGCUCUGUACAUUUCUAUUGCUGCUGGAGCAGAUGUUGUUUCAAGAUUAGUCUUGCCUUGGAUAGCCAAUUUAUGUCACAUCACCUCCAGAACAACAUAUCUCAUUGCUUGCUUAGCUUCUGCAAUUGCAAGAUCUAUUGUCGUAAUGGUCCCAAGUGAGUUUAUGCCACUUGCUGUCAUGUCAGGGGUUAUUGGCUUUUUCAAGGGUGGCAUGGUUGUCAAUUUGUCACUAACUAUUGGUCAGCAUUGCAGUAAUGAGAAAUUUGCAGGAGCUUAUAGCCUUUUCAUGGUCAUAACAGGAAUAAUGACACUUUCUAUUGGUUCCUUUGUAGGAAUGUUAAGCACCCCCUUUAAUAUUCAUGUUUUGUCAAUGGGACUUCUUUUGUGCCCUAUAAUGUGGCUCAUUGAAUACGUUCUUCAGUGGCAAAUUGAGAAAAAAACUUUCUCACAUAUCAUCAAAAGCAUUUUCUGCAAAUAUGUACAUAAAUUGACAACAAGAACUAUGAGAAGAACAUAUCCUGAUAAAAUAUUAUUUUUAAAGAAAGGAAUUAGAAUAGUGUAUGAAAUUUUCUGUGCCAAAUAUCAAGAUUAUAAUUAA